AUGACCAACGACGCUUCCUGCGCCACGCAACUCAUCGACGGCGACGGUGAGUUCAAUGUCGCCGGUCUCGACAACUUCAUCAAGACCGUCAACCUCGCCCCCUGCGGCCUCUCCUACGCUGUCGUCGCCAUCAUGGGACCGCAGAGUAGCGGGAAGAGCACGUUAAUGAAUCAUCUUUUCCACACAAGCUUCAGGGAGAUGGAUGCUUUCAGGGGAAGAUCUCAAACGACCAAGGGCAUCUGGAUAGCCAAGUGUGUCGGGAUUGAGCCAAGCACAAUUGCUAUGGAUUUGGAGGGCACUGAUGGAAGGGAGAGGGGCGAGGAUGACACUGCUUUUGAGAAACAGAGUGCUCUUUUUGCCUUGGCAAUAUCAGAUAUUGUUCUGAUAAACAUGUGGUGUCAUGAUAUUGGUCGGGAACAAGCAGCCAAUAAACCUCUUUUGAAAACAGUUUUUCAGGUCAUGAUGCGAUUGUUCAGUCCCAGGAAAACAACAUUGCUUUUCGUGAUACGUGAUAAAACAAAGACCCCACUUGAACAUUUGGAGCCUAUUCUAAGAGAUGAUAUUCAGAAGAUUUGGGAUAGCAUUCAAAAGCCCCAAGCCCACCAACAUACUCCUCUCAGUGAAUUUUUUAUUGUGGAGGUUACUGCUUUGUCAAGCUAUGAGGACAAGGAGGAUAAGUUCAAGGAGGAGGUUGCUCAAUUACGGCAGCGGUUCUUCCAUUCUAUAGCCCCUGGAGGUUUGGCAGGUGAUCGGCGUGGUGUUGUGCCUGCUUCUGCAUUUUCUAUUAGUGCACAACAAAUAUGGAAAGUCAUACGAGAAAACAAGGAUCUUGAUCUUCCAGCUCAUAAGGUAAUGGUUGCAACUGUGCGUUGUGAAGAGAUUGCUGAUGAAAAACUUAAUCAAUUACACUCUGAUAAGGGUUGGUUGGAAUUGGAAAAAGCUGUUCAAGUAGGUCCAGUACGAGGUUUUGGGGAAAAGCUGAGCUCCAUUAUUGAUGUCAUCCUUUCACAAUAUGACGAGGAGGCAAUCUUCUUUGAUGAAUCUGUGAGAAAUGCAAAACGGAAACAAUUGGAAUCAAAGGCUUUGGAUCUUGUGUACCCUGCUUAUACAACAUUGCUAGAGCAUAUACACUCUAAAGCUCUAGAUGAUUUUAAGACUAAGCUGGAACAAUCACUAAACAAUGGAGAAGGGUUUGCUUCAUCUGUUCGCACUUGGACUCAGUCUAUUCUGCUUGAAUUUGACAAAGGAUCUGCUGAUGCUGCUGUAAGACAUGCUAAUUGGGGUGCUUCAAAAGUUCGAGACAAGCUUUGUCGUGAUAUUGAUUCACAUGCUUCAUCUGUGCGCACUGCAAAAUUAACGGAGAUAACAACUAACUUUGAGAAAAAAUUGGCCAAGGGAUUGACUAAGCCUGUGGAGUCUCUCUUUGAAGCAGGUGGAAAUGACACCUGGCUUUCAAUUAGAGAACUACUUAAGCGAGAGACGGAGGUUGCUGUAACCGAAUUUUCUGCUAGCAUUGCUGGUUUUGAGCUGGAUGAAGCAACCGUUGAAAGAAUGGAACAAAGUUUAAGAGACUAUGCAAGAAAAGUGGUGGAAAAUAAAGCAAGAGAAGAAGCUGGAAAGAUAUUGAUGCGCAUGAAAGACAGCUUGGGAGUUGUAAGGAUUGAAAUACGACAUGGCACACUGCUUCUUUUGUAUUUCAUUGGUGUCUUGAGCCCAAUGGAAUGUGAGAUGGAUGAAACGGUAAGACCUGUGGGUGCUCUAUGCUGUAAGACCUGCGGUGCUCUAUGGUUCUCUACAGUGUUCAAUCAUGAUAAUGAUUCACUACCUAGAGUUUGGACUGGGAAGGAAGAUAUUAGAGCUAUUACAAAGGAUGCUCGCUCUGCGGUAAUUGAUAGCAAGAUUAAUGAUAAAAUUGUAGCUUAUAUUAUGUUGGAAAUUGCUCCUUAG